GGGCGCCUCUUCUUCCCAACCGCCUUCACAGCCCGGGAGGCGCCGUGGUUGCGGUGGCGGCUCUCGCAUGUCUUUAGCUACCUCCUCCGACUGCCCGGGCGCUCUCCGAUCUCGGGAGGGUGUUAAAGUAUGGAGAUGGCUUCAACACAGUGUUUGGGAUCAAAAGUUGAUAUGGAUGGCAAACCAAAGAGCCCUUUCAAAGCCAUGGAUGCUGAAAUAUGUCUUUAUAGAGAUAUUGAGUGCACAGAAAAAGAAAAGGUUAGAACAGUUCAACACAAUCUGAAGGUGCAUGAAAAGAGCACAUUUUCAUCAAGAGCUAGGUCUCGAAAGGCUCUCAAGAAGCUGGAAGAAGCCAUUGAAAGAGAAACAAAACAAGAAAUAGAGAAAGAGACUUCUGCCCUGGACUGGAAUCUUGCUUUUGCAAAGUGUAUUCAGAGUGAUAAGCAGUCUAUAACAGAAUACAUCAAUGAACAGAAAGAGUUGUUUCUACUGGAGUAUGCGGUUAAAACGAAACAACGCACCAUAGCCAAGCUGGAGGAAAUGAUAUCGGAGGAAGAGAGGAGGGCCAAACUCGCCGAAACAAAAUUAGAAGAAGAUGCGAUAGCAUUUGAUGAGUUUCUCAAAGAAAACGACAGACGUUCUGUUGAUGCUCUUAAAAGUGCAGCUCAUGAAGCAAAAGCUAAAAUGGAGGUGACAGCGGAAGUGAAGUCAGCAAUGAAUGAGGUGUUCUCUCUUAAAAGUGAAAUUGCAAACAGUGAAGAUAAUCUGAGACUGUAUUUAUCCUACGAAGCUUUUUUGUUGAGUGUGUCUCCUAAAGAGUGGCAAGAACAACAGAUGGCAAAAAAGAAGCUAUUGAAAAAGGAUAAAAGAGACGUUUCAAAGUCUUUGCUUUCUUUUCCUGCUCGUGAGAAAAGCAGGAUGGGGUCUACUUCCUUCAUAUUACACCAAAAAAUAAACAAAUGGGCUCAUGUCAAAGGGCAACAACAUCCCAAGAAACUACUACCUUCAUCAUUGACGUCAGUAUUUUUUUCUGAAACUGAUGUGAAGAAAGACCAUCAUAAAAGCCAAGGAGGCGACUACAGGUUUUUUAAGAGGGCAUCAAGACUAUCACUGAGCAAAAGAUUCUCAAUAGAAGGGAGAAAAAAAUCGCUAGCAAGCUGUGCAAGUGAAAAAAGUAUCUCUGCCUCUUCAGAUGAUGAUAUUUCGCUUGAAGAUCUAGACACUGAUGAGGAACCAGAGAUAUAUUUCAAAGAUCCAGAUGAGUUGCUUCAGAUGUACAGGCAUCUUGAGGAACAAAAUCUAUCACUGUUUCAAAAUAUUCAAGAUCUCAGUGGAACACUAGAAGACGCACGGCAGAGAGAACACGCCAUUGUUCAGGGAAUCCUUUUUUAUAGGGAAAAAAGGAUAAAUGAUAUAGUAAAUGAGAAAAAAGCUCUUACAGCUGCUCGCCUCAAAGAAGAACAGAAAAGUGCUGAACUGGAAUUAAAAAUCAAAGUAUUUUCUUCCGGAGACUAUAAUCCAAUAUCCAUGGAUAAAUCGCUGAAUACACUUAAGAAAAAAAUAACAGAGGUGUAUAGGGCUUGCUGUGGAACGAUUGAAGUAUCCAGCAUGACCGCCUUUCAAAUGCUGAAAGCAAUAGAAAUCAGAGUUUCAGAACUGUGUGAGAUGUUGGAAAUACUUCCACCGGAAUACCUUGAGACUGUUGAAACUAUGGAGAAACUCCGAGCAAAACAAAGACGGCAGAGAGUUCGUGAAGAUAAAUUGAAAGAACUGAAGAGAAUCCAGGAAGAACGGCUGAAGCAUGCUCUGGAAAGAGCAAUUGCAGUACCAAAGACAAGGGUGGGAAGAAAACUGGUUUUCCGCUCCCAGCCUCCAGAAGCUAAACAAAAAGGGGUACAAGUUGUAGAUUUAACUACAAAAAGUGAAGAUGAUUACUAUUUCUGUUGAAUUCUUCUUGUUUCAUGACAUUUCUUUUUGGAAUAGCACUAGAUCUUGAUUC